GACGGCACCGACUUGUCCCACCUUCCCGUCGGUGCCUCGGCAAUCGCAAUACACCGACAGAUUAAUUUGGUUAUUCGAGAGACUCGAGAUUCUUGGGCGCAGAUGGAUUCUUGUUUGUCCUGCUGUAUUUUGUCGGCGGGUGCUAGGGUGUGGCCUUAUGUUGUUCUUCGAUUUGAGAGCGGUCAUGAUAAACAUCAAGAAUCGCUCUAGGAAACAUUGUUCUCUCCCUUCUAUUUUGCGAUUUUGUUGACUUUUAAGGGGCCUCAGACAACAGCGGUGGAGAGUGUCAGAAUACCAUAUCUCUGGGCAAAUCUUAAAUCGUUCAUCAAAACGACCACAAACCCCGGUGGCAGUCAACUAGAAUUCACCCGACUUGCAACUUUUCCCUCCCACGUCAGAACGUUAUCUAGGAACGCAGUCUCUUCCCGACGCGCUGUUCUCUUUCAUUCCCUUCCGGGCCGCCGGCCGCUUGUUCAGAAUCAUGGACUGGCUUGGACGAGCCAAGAUUUCCUUCACACAUGCUCCAUCACCACUGGUGCUGCAGAAAAAGGAUGGCUCCGCGACCGAUCUGUUGAAAGUCUGCGAAGCCGCUGUGCCGACAUGCCAACUCAACCCGCUGCUCUUCAACGGUCACGUUCAGACCAUGUGGACAGCUGUCAAGGAGCAUGGCCCACCAAUCUACUAUCGCAGGAAGAUAUUCGACGCUGACCAUAAAGUAUAUACCGGAACCUUUGCCGUGGAUUUUGUUGUUGACCAGCACAAUGAUGUGGACGAAUCACUGCCUCCCAGGACUGCCUACUUCUCUGACGACCAAUUCUCGAAGAUCGCAUCCGAAGAUAACAGGCCAAUGCUAAUAGUUCUCCAUGGCUUGUCUGGUGGUUCUCACGAGGUUUACCUCCGGCAUGCCAUUGCCCCCUUGGUGCAGAAUGGAGGGGACUGGGAGGUGUGUGUGGUCAAUUCUCGUGGGUGCGCGAACAGCAAAGUCACCAGCGGUGUCCUGUUCAAUGCCAGGGCUACGUGGGAUAUUCGCCAGGUCGUAAACUGGUCAAGAGUGACGUUUCCUAACCGGCCUCUGUUCGCUGUCGGGUUCUCGUUAGGCGCAAAUAUCUUGACCAAUUACGCAGGUGAAGAAGGCGCAAACUGUCCGCUAAAGGGCGCAGUAGUCGUGGGCAACCCCUUCGACUUGGAGGUCUCCAACAAGUCUCUUCAGAGGACAUCGCUCGGGAGGUUGUACUCACGGGUGAUGGGUACCAACAUGAAAAGGCUCAUAAAUCUCCACAAGGAUUCCGUCCUCAACUACACGAACCUCAACUUUGACCGCAUACAGAAGGUUACCUAUCUUCACGAAUUCGAUCGUGAAGUCCAAACCGUCACUUGGGGUUAUCCAACUGAAAACGCAUAUUACCGCGAUGCCUCGUCAUCAGACGCGGUGUUAGCGAUCAGAAUCCCUUUCCUUGCCAUCUCCGCCCUGGAUGAUCCCAUCGCAGUACAAGAGGCAAUCCCCUUUCAAGAAUUCGUGAAAAACCCUUACACCAUCCUCUGCACUACCUCGCUCGGGGGACACCUCUCGUGGUUCGAGAUCGGUGGUGGAAGAUGGCAUGCUCGACCGAUCUGCAAUUUCCUGGGAGAGAUGGCAUCCGAGAUCAACCUUGAUGCCAUCGCGUCCAAUGCCAACGGCGAAGCGUCCAAAGUCCAGUUUUCAACGUCCUUCGAGCCAAUGAGACGGAAACUGCAAAUUUUGGACACUUAGACAUGAAAGAAGUUAAAGAACCACCAGAUGUUGCAAUAGAAGCCAUUAUCUGGUAUAACGGUUGCCAUGCCUACGGCGCGGCUAGACUAGAUAACUCGUCACCUGGAUAGAUACGUUUCGUUUCAUGAUAGACUAGACCAGGGGAAUGGAUAUAAUAGCACAGUAGACUAGAGGUUGGUUGGAAUAGCAUGGCACGGACACGGGCGUACAACAGGGGGUCUAAGAUUUUGCCUCGCUAUCGAAUGCACGUAUAUCCUGCUCUUAAAGUACCGUAUACUAUCAACAGGCGCCG